AUGCCUACCGAUAUUUGUCAGGAUAGAGUUGUCUGUCCGUCAUACGUAGCACAGUCAAAGACCAUCGGCAUUGGAACUUUGGUCCGGUGGCAUCAGAAGGCUGAAAUGCCUGGUGAACUGACCCUCCAACGACCUACUGGGCUUUGGGCGACACUCCAACGUCUCCAACCAGAUGAAGCUGGACGGACCCUGGGAGUCAUGAUGGCCCCACUGGAGACCGGCACAGCACAACACCUUGCUCUGCGGGAGAAGGCCAAGAACUGGGCCGCCAAGUUCCGUCCCCAACAUCUACUUUGCUACGAUGUUCUUCCCUUGAUCAAGGCAACCGCCUUAAAAACUUUGGAGUAUGUGAUGCCCCUUUCCGCACUAGGCCGCUCCGAAUGGGUGUCCAUCAUGUCACCAAUCCUCCAAACAAGCUUGCACAAAGCUGGGGUUUGUCGUGGUCUUUGCCCCUCUGAAAUACCAGGGAUUGGGUAUCCCGCAUCCCUUCGCCCUUCAAGUCUUCCACCAUUGUCGUAUGUACAAAGGUGGAAUGUAAUAGGAGUGAUGAGAAGUAGCUCUAAAAUAUUGUGA